GGUUCCGGGGCCGCCCCCGCGCAGCCGCCGCUGCUCCGCGGGCCGGGCCGGGAGCGGCCGGGAGCGGGGAUCGGCACCGGGACAGGCAGCGGCUCCGGGAGGCUCCGGGAGCCCCGGGCCGGGCUGAUGCAGGGCUCGGCGCGGCGCCGGCCCUUCCCCGCCGCGGCCCCGGGCUCGCCCCCGCCCGCCGGGCCGCUCUACCCGGGCAGGCAUGGGGCGGGGAAGGCCGAGGACACCUUCAGGACGGCCCCGUUCCACCUGGACCUGUGGUUCUACUUCACCCUGCAGAACUGGGUGCUGGAUUUCGGGCGCCCCAUUGCCAUGCUCGUGCUGCCCCUGGAGUGGUUUCCCCUGAACAAACCCAGCGCUGGAGAUUAUUUCCACAUGGCUUACAACGUCAUCACCCCCUUCCUGCUGCUGAAGCUGAUCGAGAGGUCCCCGCGGACCCUGCCCCGCUCCAUGGUGCACCUGAGCAUCAUCACCUUCGUGAUGGGCGCCAGCAUCCACCUGGUGGGGGACUCUGUGAACCACCGGCUGAUCUUCAGUGGGUACCAGCACCACCUGAGCGUGCGGGAGAACCCCAUCAUCAGGGACCUCAAACCAGAGACUCUGAUCGACUCCUUCGAGCUGCUCUACUACUACGACGAGUACCUGGGGCACUGCAUGUGGUACAUCCCGUUUUUCCUGAUCCUGUUCAUUUACUUCAGCGGCUGCUUCACGCCCGCGGCGCAGCAGCGCAGGAUGCCCGCGGCCGCGCUGCUCCUGGUGGGGCCCAGCAGCCUCUACUACUGGUACCUGGUGACCGAGGGCCAGAUCUUCAUCCUCUACCUCUUCACCUUCUUCGCCAUGCUGGCGCUGGUGACGCGGCAGCGGCGCCGGGGGCUGGCGCUGGACAGCAACGGGCGCUUCCUGCUGCUCUCCUUCAUCCUCACCCUCCUCCUCAUCGCCGCCUGGGUGGGCUGGCUCUGGGACGACCAAACCCUGCGCAGGAAAUACCCGGGCGUCAUCUACGUCCCCGAGCCCUGGGCCUUCUACACCCUGCACAUGAGCACCCGGCACGGGGGGCCCCGGGAAGUUUGAUAUUCUCCAGGGGAGGGGGGAGAAAAAGGGGGAAAAAAGAGAAAUUUAGUUUUUCUAAUGUAGGUCCGUGUGUUUGCAAUAAAUUCCCGAGCGAUG